AUCAGCACCGCCGCUCACUACAGCACCGAGCAGGCUGCCUGUCUGCUGGAACCAGCCACGCCAUCCAUUGAUCCUGACGAGGGGCUUGGCGGAUGUCUGGGCUGGCUCUGCGCUGCGCUGCGGGGUUUGGGUCGAGUGGAAGCGGACAGUUUGAGCGCCGACGCGUCGGUGGAGGACUGCGGCUCGUCUGGUGAAGGUUUGAGCGUUUGCAGGAGCGUCUGUCUGCUUGAGGAGGCUGCACAGACAAGAAAGGAGCUGCAGCAGCAGCAGCAGAGUGCACACGGGGACGCCUCUGAAUAAGAAGCCAAAUUCUGCACUGCAGUGGAUUUCCUCAGAACCGCCCUAUGAACUCCCGUUGCCAUGGCAUCUGACAGCUUCCAGUACCGGGCGCUCUUUGAGUACAAGCGGGAGCGUGGCGACGACAUCGGCCUUCAGCCGGGCGACCUGCUCACUGUCGCAAAGGCCUCGCUGGUGGCGCAGCCGGGGCUGGACUACCAGGACGGGGACGAGCGGAGCCCCAAGGGCUGGCUGCACGGCACCAACGAGAGGACCAAGGACAAGGGAGACUUCCCUGGGACUUUUGUGGAGUACGUCGGAGGACGGAAGGUCGGCCCUCCAGCGGCUAAAUCCUGGCCCAGGCCCGUGCCGCCGACCCCCGGCGGGCUGCAGGGCGAUGUGGGGGCUCAGCCUCCUGGAGCAGCUGCUGCUUCAGGCGUGGAGGCGGAGCUUCUUUCUGAAGCGGCUCCGGUGGUUGUUUGGAGACUCAUCGAGGCUGUCGAGAAACACGGUUUGAACAGCGAGAUUCUGUAUCGAGCUCCUCCAGCCUCCAGUGGACCUGCAGAGCUGCGGCAGGCUCUGGACUCAGAUCCACUCUCAGUGGACCUGGACCAGUAUGAUGUGGUUUCCCUGACUGAUGCUCUCAGAGGUUUCCUGCAGGACCUGCCCGCCCCCAUCAUCCCCGCCACGGUCUACAGCGAGCUGGUUUACACUGCUCAAGAGAGUCCGAGUGUGGAGGAGUGCGGGGAGAGGCUGAAGAGGAUCCUGGAGUCUCCCAGCAUCCCUCAGGCCAACCACCAGCUCCUGGUCCACCUCAGCAGACACCUGGCCCGGGUCAGCCAGCUCAGCCAGGCCGGCCACCGGCUGCUGGGACAGGCCUUCGCCGAGGCCGUCUUCAAGCACUCUCCCCUCAGUGCGGACGUGAACCCGGAGCAUCACGUCAGGAUCUUGGAGGCUCUAAUCGCAACAGGAGGUCUCAUGGAGAUGCAGGCUGCACCAGCUCUUCCUCCGAAGCCAGCGAAGCCACAGCAGCCCUCCUCGGUCGGGGUGGGAGGGGGCAGCAGCAAUGGCACCAAGGACGGAGGAGCAGGAGGAUCAUUGCAAGAGGCCGAGUGGUACUGGGGCGACAUAUCCAGGGAGGAGGUGAAUGAUAAACUCAGAGACAUGCCUGAUGGGACCUUCCUGGUUCGGGACGCUUCCACCAAGAUGCAGGGCGACUACACGCUCACACUGAGGAAAGGGGGCAACAACAAGCUGAUAAAGAUCUACCAUCGGGACGGGAAGUAUGGCUUCUCCGACCCCCUGACGUUCGGCUCGGUAGUGGAGCUCAUCAGCCACUACAGACACGAGUCUCUGGCUCAGUACAACACAAAGCUGGACGUCAAACUCAUGUACCCCAUCUCCCGCUUCCAGCAGGACCAGCUGGUAAAGGAGGAUAAUAUCGAUGCUGUGGGGAAGAAACUGCAGGAAUACCACAAUCAGUACCAGGAGAAGAGCAAAGAGUACGACAGACUGUACGAAGAAUACACCAAGACGUCGCAGGAGAUCCAGAUGAAGCGGACGGCCAUCGAAGCCUUCAACGAGACCAUCAAGAUCUUCGAGGAGCAGUGCCACACGCAGGAGCGCUACAGCAAGGACUACAUCGAGCGCUUCCGCCGCGAGGGCAACGACAAGGAGAUCGAGAGGAUCAUGAUGAACUACGAGAAGCUCAAGUCUCGCCUCGGAGAGAUCCACGACAGCAAGGUGCGGCUGGAGCAGGACCUGAAGACGCAAGCCAUGGACAACCGAGAGACCGACAAAAAGAUGAACAGCCUGAAGCCCGACCUCAUACAGCUCCGCAAGAUCAGGGACCAGUACCUAGUCUGGCUCAAUCACAAAGGAGUUCGUCAAAAACGAAUUAACGACUGGCUGGGAAUCAAGAACGAAAACACUGACGAAGGCUACUUUGUGAACGAGGAGGAUGAGAACUUGCCUCACUACGAUGAGAAGAGCUGGUUCGUCGGGGACCUGAACAGGACGCAGUCGGAGGAGCUGCUCAUCGGGAAGCCGGACGGAGCGUUCCUCAUCCGGGAGAGCAGCAAAAAGGGCUGCUACGCCUGUUCUGUAAUUGUCGAAGGCGAAGUGAAGCACUGCGUCAUUUACAGCACACCACGCGGCUUUGGCUUCGCUGAGCCCUACAACCUGUACAGCAGCCUGAAGGACCUGGUGCUCCACUACCACCAGACCUCCCUGGUGCAGCACAAUGACUCGCUCAACGUGCGCCUCGCAUACCCCGUCUACGCACAGAUGCCCUCCGGACGCAGAUGAACCCCACCCACCCAAUGCCACACAACCCCCCACAUAGACAACAAACCAACCCCCUCUUGGGGAAUGGAGAACGGGGCGAGUGAAGGAAGGAAGGAGGGAGGGGGGAUUGGUUGAAAUACAAAGCAACCCCAACACCAGACAAGAUAAAGAUAGAAACGAAUUAAACACUUGCUGCAACACACACGUCAGCCACCUUGGAGUUAUAUAUUUUUACAAGAACAAUUUCGGAGGGCAUUCUUUCUAAAGACUGCUUGAUUUGCACAAGGAAGUUUUAAAUGUUUGUGAAUGUGAAAAAAAAAAUAAGCGACUGAAGGAAAGAAAGGAAGGAAACGGAGUAGGAGACGUCAGAGUUUCAGAUUGACCCCGCUGCUACCUAAACUCCAGCUCAGACUUUUUACCAGAAACCACGCGAAAGACGACGAAGACGACAAAACAUUCCCAAAUCUUCUUUUUUUUUGUUUCCCGUUAUUUUUAUUUUGCACCUCAGAUGAUUAUAUUACCACCUUUUUUUGUUUGUUUCUGAAGUCGUUUUCAUGUUUCAGAUGUUUCCUUUUGUUUCUCGUAGCUUUUGUUUGUGGUAAAUGCAAGAGGAGAUGAUGUCAAGUGUCUAUCCUGUCCCUCUCCGUACGAAAAAGCAAAAAUAAUGUAGCAUAACGAGACAACGGACACUUGUUUUAUGAAGUGUUCCUCCAUGUAGACUGCUGCUGAAGGGUUUAGGGGGAGGGUGGGGCACAAGCGACACAAAACAGUUUUGUAGUCUUAAAAGAAGGACAAAAGGCUUGCUUUUAUACUAACUGUAGAGGGUUUUUUGUAUUAUUUCUGCUUUGCUGGAACAUCUUUUUUUGCCAGUGUGUAAAUGGCAAUGUCACAGAUCAGAACCAGAGACCAAAGUUGGUGUGGAGGGGAAAGGGGAGGGCAAAGAGUCAGCUAGUGUGUGUUUUUUUUCCCUUUCUUUUUUAUGAAUGGAGAAAGGAGCGAAGAAAAGCAAACGAAUGGUGUGUUUGAGACCACACAUAAAACCGAGUUUUGGGCCACGUGCUUGUGCACCAAAUAGCCUUUUUGGAAAACCAAAUGGUACGUAAACAGAAACGCCAGGACCUUCUGUAAAUACAGAUGGUCGAGUAUGAAGCACUUAAACCAGUCCCAUGUGUGACCUCAGCACUCUGUACCUUUGCUCUGCGAUUCACUCGCCGAGCUUUGUACGUCGAAGGUGAAAAAUCAAAACUAAAAUGAUUAGUUGAUCAUUAAAUGAGUCCGUCAACGGAA